AUGCCCCCCAAAGAGUCCCCAACCCAGGGAUCUUUUGGAAGCCUUUCACAAGCAGCAGAGACACCAGACGACGGUACUCAAGUAUGGUAUGAAGAAUCUAUCGAGAUUUCGGGCUACAAGCUUCAUACGAAAGUCGAGCAAAAUGUACAGUCAGUAGUGGAGAUAGAUCCAGGAUCCAAUCGAAAUCGAAAGUAUACAGCGGGUUUGACGGCUAAAAACCAAACCAAAUGGAACGAUUCGGUUCAUGCUCUCUUGAAGAAACUUGCUAUCUCCUGGGCUGACAGCUGGAUCUCUGAAGCACUUAGUUGCGCUGUGGCUGUCAUUGCGUUGAUAUGCCUCAUAUCGGUCCUCCGCUAUUUUGACGGCUCCGUCUGGACGAACCUGCCGCUCCACAUCUCCAUCAACGCAUUAGUCGCUAUACUCGCUGCGGCGAUCAAGGCUUCAAUUCUUCUACCAGUCGCCGAAGGAACCCUAGGAUCUCUACUACUUGUAUUCCGCUUACAAAGUCGGUAUUGUUACAGUCAUCUAGCUGCCUUCGGGGCCUGA